GAAGGGCAGACACACUGGUGCAUUGUGGAGACAUAGCAGCAAACUGAAGGCUGGGUGGCGGCUCAUUUCAGCUUACUGACAAACAUGGAAAUCUGGGUUUACACUGCAGGGAGUGACUGAAGGGAACUGACUGCAGGAAGAAGAUGAUCUGCAGGAUCCUGCUGCUCAUCAUCCUCGCCAGCUGCGUCUCUGGGAUGUUUGAGCCUCAGGACUCGGCUCUGAACUACCAGGCAGAGGAGAACAGCAGCAUCACAGCUGAAUGGCGCUUCUCCUCCAAAGCCAACGUUUCCAUCCCCUCGCUGAAGAUCCACUGCGUGUUUGUGACACCUGAGCUGAGGGUGUUUUACCAUCUGGACCACAGCAUCGAGGAGCCUCAGCACGAGCAGUUCGCAGGACGGGUGCGGUGCGACAAACACGCUCUGAGAACGGGACGCGUCAGACUUCGUCUGUCCGGAGUCCGGACCGAGGACUCGGGCCGGUACCUCUGCAGGAUGGUCACCCAAUCUGGGAAGAAGGUCAAAGAGUUCUCGCUCCACGUCGCUGCUAAGCCGACUCAAGUUGCCGUUGAGAUGUCCAAACCUGCCAAACCAGAAGCAAAGCCAGCGAGCCGAGGAAGACCCGGCCUCUAUGCUGGACUGGGACUGGCGGUGGCAGCAGCUGGACUGGCGGCCUGUCGCUGGACUUCACACUGCCUGAAGGGAAAGAGGAGAACCCAGGAGCGGUGUGCAGUGCCUCCUAUAUGAGAUGUGGCGUCUGCUGCCCCCUGCUGCUGUGGAGAGAAAUCCACCACAUGUACACCUGAAGACAGAACUGCUUCUUCUGUUGGAGAACGCCGCCGGGCUGUGACGAUGCAAUGAUGGACAGAAAUCAGCCGAGACUGGUGCUGGUUUUCUGCCUCACGGUGACCUGAUUCAGUGCUGUUAGAUCCUGUCUGAACAGAAGUCAGCAGCUGUGAUCACUGUUGAGUUUUGGGGUUGGGUCAGAGCAUCUUCUCAGUGACGGCUUGGACCAAACCUUCUCCUCACUCAUGUUAAACUGGAGGUCUUGGACCAGGACCUGCUGCUCGGGCUUGAGCUCACCUCUUGUUUUCUGUCCGCUGUGGUGCUGCCUCAGACAUCAGAUGUACUGUAAUACCAGAAAGAGGACUGUAGUGACGGUUACUGUUGGUGUUCAGAGCACAAACUGCUCGUCUAUCAUGAGUCCCGCUUCAGUGAAGAUGCUGUUAAAGUAUCGGCCAUCUUCAUUUUACAGAGAACUUCAUGUACAUUCAGAGGUAACUGUACUCAAUGCUGGAAGAAGUACUCACAUCUUUAUUAAAAGCAGCAGCGUGUAGAAAUACUCUGUUACAGGUGAAAGUCAAGCGUUCACAGCGUGUCAGAUGUUUUUAAAGCUACACAAUAAGUUGACUGUAACAUGCAGCUCAGUACAUUUCUAUACUUUUUCACGGCGCGGUGCUUCUGUGGCAUCGGUUUUACUCAUCAGCGGAUCUCUGGUCGACACUGUCCGAGCUGCUGAACUCAGCGCUGAACGAGCUGAAGCUGAAGCUGCUCUAAUGGCCACGAGAUUCUUUGUUUCAUUUAGCCUCCUUUAUUUAUCUCAUCCUAUGAAACUUAUUUGCGUUGACGAGAUUAAUUUAAUUACUAUCAAUAAAUUAUCAAUAAAGUUUUAUCUGUUCUGCUUUGAAGUUAAAGAAGUGGCUGAGUUGAUGCUUUAAAACGUGUUUGUGGGAUUAAAGUAAAAAUGCUGUUGUUUCCACUUUUGUCAGAAGUUUCCUUUGAUUAUUAUUUUUUUGCUGUUCUGUAUUUCGCUUCAGAAAGUGAUGGAAGAAAAACAUAAGCCAGUUUGUAACUGUUGUGAGUGUUAAUAAAGUUUAUUAAAGCAUAGCAUUAUCUCUUCUGAGCAUCUGAUAUUAAAGGACUUCACGCUGAAGAGUCGUCGCUGCUCCUCUCAUAUAAACACGGACGUGUUCACAGCAGAAACGUGACAAACAGUCCAUCAGAAGGCUGAAGACGAGGCUGUGAUGAUUAAUGCUGCAGUUUUCUCUCAGUGCUGCUGUGCUGUUGACUCCACCCACAGUGUGGAUGGAGGUUUAAAACUACGUUCGG